CUGAUUCCCCGGUUUUACUGGUGCUUUAAAAAGGACUUUGAUCAUGGAAGACGACGCCCCUGUAAUUUAUGGUCUUGAAUUUCAGGCCCGUGCAUUGACUGCCCAGACUGCAGAAACAGAUGCCAUACGAUUUCUAGUGGGCACACAGUCUCUCAAAUUUGAUAAUCAGAUCCACAUCAUUGACUUUGAUGAUGAAAAUAACAUCAUUAAUAAGAAUGUGCUUCUGCAUGCGGCCGGAGAGAUAUGGCACAUCAGUGCCAGCCCUGCUGACAAAGGAAUACUGACCACAUGCUACAACAAGACCUCAGAGAGUCGUGUGUUAACGUGUGCAGCAGUAUGGAGAAUGCCUGCAGAAUGGGAAUCAGGCAGCCACGAAUCCCCCGACGAUUCAUCAAACAACCCACAGACCCUGGAGCUCCUCUGUCACCUUGACAACACAGCCUACGGCAACGUGGCCUGUGUGCUCUGGGAGCCCCUGGGUGAUGGGAAGCGUGUCAUUUCUCUGGCUGAUAAUCAUGCUGUGCUGUGGGAUCUUCAGGAGAGUUCCACCCAGGCCACGCUCUCCAGCAGUGCCACCCUAGAGGGCAAAGGUCAACUAAAGUUCACGGCAGGGAAAUGGAGCCCUCACCACAACUGCACCCAGCUCGCCACAGCAAACGACACGGCCAUUCGUGGGUGGGACCUACGCAGCAUGAGUCAGAUAUACUGUAUAGAGAAUGCCCAUGGACAGUUGGUGCGUGAUUUGGACUUUAACCCCAAUAAGCAGUACUACCUGGCUAGCUGUGGGGAUGACUGUAAAGUGAAGUUCUGGGAUGUCAGACAGAUCAACGAACCAGUCAAAACUCUGGAGGAACACUCCCACUGGGUUUGGAGUGUGAGGUAUAAUCACUCUCAUGACCAGUUAGUGCUGACGGGCAGCAGUGACAGUAGGGUGGUUCUGUCCAACAUGGUGUCCAUCUCCUCUGAACCGUUCGGACACCUCGUGGACGAUGACGACCUCAGCGAUAAUGAAGAAGGACAACAAGAGGAGAAGAGUAAAGAGCCACUCCAGGACAGCAUCAUUGCCACGUACGAGGAGCAUGAAGACAGCGUGUACGCAGUGGAGUGGUCCUCCGCCGACCCAUGGCUCUUCGCCUCGCUCAGCUACGACGGCAGACUGGUCAUCAACAGAGUACCACGAGCUUUAAAAUAUCGCAUCCUGCUUUGAACAACAAACACACAACAAACAAUAAACACAACAUCAAACUGACCAACACAGACAAGAACUUCAAAGAGGAGAGAACCAGAGUAGAUGAGUAGAGAGUUAAGAAACAGAAAGACAAAAAAGAAAGAAAGGAAGACUGAUGAAGUUAAA